UGUCUGCGAAUCUCUUUAUGUUCUUCCUUCCAAGUGUUUCCACCAUCCGGCGCAUAUGUCUUUUCGUCGGCCUUCGGCCUGCGGAAGAAGACGCUAUAUAAUUUCAAGAGUCUGUUCUCUGGAUCUCUCUGUCAAAAGAAGCUCUCCAUGUUUGAUCUUUCUUAAGUUAUCUCUUGUUGCAUUGUUCCCGGCAACUCUUCCGCGAUCUUUCAAUAUAUUUCUCAGUUCGCGUUUUCUACUGUACAACAGAUAUCUGACAAAGGAUCUCUCGCGCCGAAGACCAUGCUUGCAGGAACUUGUCCCGGCAGAAUAGAUGCUGCCCCAUGGGCAAUCAGUGUGAUCGAUACGUAAAAUCAUAUGCGUUUCUCUUGCAUCUUAACCUGUGCUUCCCCUUUUCACCGCCUAGUAUCCAUGAUUUCGCAAUCGAAUCAAGCGACGCUCACUGCUGG